CUUUCUUUCUAGAUAACAGCAAAGGCUUCUAUCAUUUUUGUUACUCUUCAAUACAAUGUUACCCUCCCUGCAACAGAAGAACAAGCUACAGAAUCAGCAUCCCUUUAUUACUAUGGUAUCAAAGAUUUGGCUACAGUUUUCUUCUACAUGCUAGUGGCGAUAAUUAUUCAUGCCAUAAUUCAAGAGUAUGUGUUGGAUAAAAUUAACAGACGAAUGCACUUCUCCAAAACGAAACACAGCAAGUUUAAUGAAUCUGGUCAGCUUAGUGCAUUCUACCUUUUUGCUUGUAUUUGGGGUGCAUUCAUUCUAAUCUCUGAAAACUACAUCUCAGACCCAACAAUCUUGUGGAGGGCUUAUCCCCAUAACCUCAUGACAUUUCAAAUGAAGUUUUUCUACAUAUCACAGUUGGCUUACUGGUUUCAUGCAUUCCCUGAACUCUACUUCCAGAAAACCAAAAAAGAAGAUAUUCCUCGUCAGCUUGUCUACAUUGGUCUUUACCUCUUUCACAUUGCUGGAGCUUAUCUUUUGAACCUGAAUCAUCUAGGACUUGUUCUUCUGGUGCUGCAUUAUUUUGUUGAAUUUCUUUUCCACAUUUCCCGCCUGUUUUAUUUUAGUGAUGAAAAAUAUCAGAAAGGAUUUUCUCUGUGGGCAGUUCUUUUUGUUUUGGGAAGACUUCUGACUUUAAUUCUUUCAGUACUCACUGUUGGUUUUGGCCUUGCAAGAGCAGAGAAUCAGAAGCUGGAUUUCAGUACUGGAAACUUCAACGUGUUGGCUGUUAGAAUUGCUGUUCUGGCAUCUAUUUGUAUUACUCAAGCAUUCAUGAUGUGGAAGUUUAUUAAUUUUCAGCUUCGAAGGUGGAGGGAACACUCUACUUUUCAGGCCCCACCUGUAAGAAAGAAACUACCCAUGACUAAAGGCGGCCGGUCUUCUAGAAAAGGAACAGAAAAUGGUGUGAAUGGAACAGUGACGUCAAAUGGAGCAGACUCUCCCCGUAAUAGAAAAGAGAAAUCUACAUAAUGAAUCAAAUUAAUUCAUCAAUGUCCCCAAAGAAAUCUGCUUUUUACUAUAUCUUUCAGCACUAGAGAUUUUUUCUGUUCUUAAAAAUACAGUUUCUGCUCUUUUGAUUCUUGCUAUUGUACUGUUUCAUGCAUUUUUUUAAAAGGGCAUUUGAAGGGGGAUGAUUACUAUGAGUGAAAAAUAUUUUAGCUUAGACUAAGCUACCUGCCUUCAAAAUAGUUUAGGGACCACCACAUAUUUUAUUUUGUUUUUUAAUCUUCAAACAUUUUUCUAAUGAUUUGGAGAAGAAAAAAAAUUAUUUGCAGAAAUUCCACAUAUCAGUGAAACAGUUUCUUGCACUCACCAAUUUUUUAUAUCAGCAAAGUGACCUGUAACAACAAGGUCAUAUUUUUUAAGUUAUCUUUCAGGGUAAAAUGGAAAUACUAUAAAGUCAGAUGUCAAACUUUAAUAUGUUUUCAGUGUUCUGUAUUUUAGGAAUUUUUGUAGCCUUUACACCUGGGAAAAGCAAUUUGUAAAAUCACCAAAAUAAUUGUGUGCUUUAUUUUAUACAUAGACAUUAUUAGUGUUAAUCUCCCAUUUUAAAAAAUAUAUAUAUACUAAUGGUUACAACAUGAUGAUUUAUUGCCAUAUAUAGAGAAUCAAAAUAUCUUAACGUAAAAGUACUUGUGAAAAUCUUUCUUGUGCAUUUUCAAUACUCAACAACUGGUGAUCAAAAUAUUUGCUAUGAAGAGGAAAA